AUGAUGACCUCGGGAUCCGGCGGAAUGUCGAUCCAAGCAAGCGCCAAUUCUACCGCCCUCAUGCCGAACUUCUUCAUCCCUAGGUAUAGGACUCGGCCCCCGACUGCUGAAGAAACAAGUUUAAGAUUGGCAUGGUUGGGAUACCGGCAGGAACUUUCACGAAAUUGGGGUUUCUGGUCCUCUUUUUCUCUCUCUUACGUCAACCUGGGCGCAACUCAGGGUACUUUUUGGGCGUAUCAAACUAUUUAUAUUCUCGGAGGACCUGUUACAAUGUUUUGGGGAACAAUUUUGAUAGGAAUCAUUAUGCUAAUUCAGUAUAUGGUAGGAUAA